CUCGUGACGCCUUCAAGGCCAAUUAACCGUCGUCUCUGUGGUUUUGUGGUGAUUCACAUUGUCUGGCUCAUCCUCUCUUCAAGUCUGGGGCCGAUGGCUUUCCCCAGACUUUUUUGUACGUAAACGCCCUGCGAUCUCGGUGUGAAGCUCGUCCGUCAUCGCCCCGCCGUAAGGUUCCACCUAGCUAGCGUAGGUAGGUACUUAGUCCACUGGCCUUGCUACGUACUUAACCCGCCUGGGGAAGGGAAAAAAAGCGACAGGGAUAAGGUAAGCUGUCUGCCGCGCCUGCAUUUCAGCCUGGACGUCACGUGCAAGCGCCUUAGCUAAUGGCGGGACUCCGACGCAACGCAACGCAACCAGGCGGAAAGCUCCAGGCACAUCGUUGAAGCGCAAGCUCCCCAGCAAUCAGUUCCCUCGUCGUUCCAGCUGCAUCGCCAUCCGUUAAACGCCCAACAACCUAUUCUACACGACUACACAUAUACUCCCACCCAGACACAAACCCCAAGAUGGCUAUGCGAAUCGUCCCCGCCGCGAACCAGCCCACAACCUUCGCCGCCGGCGCCGGCGCCCCCUCGGCCCCGGGCGUCCACGACACACUCCGCGCAGGCGUCGGCCAGUCGAUCCUCGACGCCCGGUCCAACGCCCCCGCGAGUGCCCACCCGCUCGAGUCGCGCCUUAAGAACUGGGAGGCCACGCAGGAGAACAUGCGAAUGGAGACGCUACGCCGCACCUUUGGCGCUGCCGAGCCCAUCCGACGACAGAUGGAGCUCAAGAUCACCCAGACGGGCGAGUGGCGGCCCCUCGCCCUCGGCGGCCAGAAGCCCAGCAUCCACGAGGAGAUCCUCCGCGGCAAAGACACCAGUGUCACGUGGGAGGACGUCUACUCAGGCGAGGAGAGCGUCGGCAUCGUCGGCAUGCACGACGAGAUGGAGAGAAAGCUGAAGAUUUGAAGCGGAGCCGCUCCCAACGCACGGGGCUAGCAGGGAGAAGAGGACGACGGGUAGGGUUUGUACAACUACGACAUGCGCAACGAUAUCUGGACGGCGUGGCUAAGGGGGGACAUCAUCAAGACCAUAGAAGUAUGAUUCGGCUAGAACGUCCAGGUUCAAGGGAGAGGGAAAAAAUCUCGUUCUACUAUCCUAUGGACAAACACCCCAUGGACGGAUGGAUGGGGAGGGCGUGGGAAGAGAAUCAAAC